AUGAGCACUCGCUCCGCCCUCGAGAAAUACCGGGAAGGCCCCAAGACUCUAUCGUACCCCCAUCGCUCCUAUAUUUCUCUGGACCACGGUGAUAUCCCUCCGCCCAACCGCUCCAGUACUCUUUCGUCUACCCGCAUCAGCCGCCGUUCUCUAGCUUCAAUUGCUAUUGAAAAGACCUCCACGGCCCUGAACAACCUGGUUUCCCUGGGUAGCUCGUCUAGUCCGUCUUUGCGAUCCUCUGCUUCUUCUUUCUCUUCCGCAUCCUCGCACAGCAACCAGCUAAAACUGCCUCCCCCGCAGAACACCACGCUACCACCGACUGAGUAUUCUCCGGAGAACAAUAGCCGGCGAAGUGGGAGCAACGAGAUUGGCACCGCCAGCCGCUCUGGUGAUUUUAAUUUUCGUAGCUCGCCUCUGGCACAAGCCAACGUUGAGACCGUGAUUUCAGUACCGUCGCCAGACUCCUUAGCCUCGACACCAUCUCAUCAGCGCAAACCUAGCGCUUCAUUACCUUCCAAUAGGCGGAAUACCUUUCAGGCAAACACACCUGAAGCUCAACAAAUGCCCAGCGCAAAAAUGCAUCAGACCUCCUCACGCCUGCUGCGUAUGACCAGCGAUGACAGGCCCUUUUGUCGGGAUUUUAAGGACCUGUUUUCUACUCUGAUGGUGAGCUUGAAAUUAGAGAGCCACCGUGUGCGCUUUUCUAAAUUCGACCACACCUUUUUAUCCGAGGAGGCCAUCAACAAUCUUGGAUCGUUGAAGUUCUCCCAAUCCAACCGCAUGCCCGAUCCCAAGGACCCCUCUCGCAUCGUAACGACAACAACCACAACUACCUUCUCCAUGGCUAGGGAAAUGGCCCGUUCCGUCUGCCAGCGCUUUGUUGAUGCCCGCUUCAUGGAACCAGUGGAUGGCCGCGUAACAUCCCAGUUCCCACUCAAAGGCGCGCUCUACCAAUUAACCCCCAAAGGAAUCCACGUGCUUCACCGCUUCUGCCAGCGCAAUGGAAUCACUGCGCGCCAUGUCAUGGACGUCCUGGAAUCCCCCCGAAACACUAUGCAGUUAGUCAUUUUAGAACGCGAUCUUGAUACAGACCAGAUAUCGCGGGAUCGUGCCACUACCGAGGUCAUCUUUCGCCGAUUCGCCGGGGUCGAUGGCCCUAAUCUUAAGAAUUCUGUAUCUAGUUCGGAUUCCGACUCAGUGACCGACUAUAUCACUGGUACCACUGGUGUCAAGAUGGCCAAAGAACGCAAAAUUGGAGACAAACUUAUUCAAAACAGUUUCACAGGAAAAGCCGCUGUAGAUUGGAUACUGGAUUGCUGCACUGCGAUUGACAACCGGGAAAUCAUUGAGAUCGCGACCCUAUUCUUGAAAUACAACCUAAUGUAUCCUAUUGUGGAGGACAGGGCUUACAUUUUCCAACGCCCCUCAGCUAGUGCCUUCCAGCCAACAAAAUACGCUAUUUAUGGUAUCACAGAACAUGGCCAGCGUGUGUGUGGAUGGAUUGCACGAGACAGAGUCGCUCCUAGUUCAUUGGAUGGUCGAAUCGCGCCACGCGAUUCCAACAAUGCUCGGCUAAAUCACAUUCUACAAGAUCCAGCUUUAAGACUGUUAUUCCGUGAAUUCCUUCGAGACUCGCUUUGUGAAGAAAACUUGGCGUUUUAUCUCGAUGUUUCUGCUUUUACAACUGAUUAUCACCGCGCAGAGAAGACCGGGACAUUUUCGAAAAUGGAUGCAGUCCGGGAGACGUUGGCGAGCGCAUAUGGUUUAUACAAUGCUUUCCUUGCCCCUGGAUCGCCCUGCGAGUUAAAUAUCGAGCAUGCCCUUCGAAACAGCCUCGCGAGCCGUAUGACAAGAGCUGUUGGAGAUGAUGCUGCUAUGGUUAAGAGUUUAACGGAAGUCGUCGCAUUGUUUGAGUUAGCUCAGAUCUCCGUCUUCAAAUUGAUGUCAAGUGAUUCCGUCCCAAAAUUCGUCCGCGAUCCUAGAUACUCGAUAAUCCUUCAGGAGCAUGACUUUGAGCUCUGCGGCCCUGGUCGAUCAUACUCUCCUACUCAGACGCCGGUUCCUGAACGCACGAAGAGUCGAUCCGGAAGACCGUGA